UACUUUCUUGAUGUUGGAGAGUGCUUUGAGAUGCGAGCGUGGUUUUGUUAGACUCUCUUUGAAGGAUAACAAUUUCAGAGAUUGUCCGUCGGAAGAAGAGUGGAAAAGAGGAAGAGAAAUCUGUAAAUUUCUAAAUCCAUUUUAUAAAAUUACUACCUUGAUGUCUGGUCAAUCUUAUCCUACUUCAAAUUUAUAUUUUAUGCAAAUUUGGAGGAUUGAAUGUUUGCUGAAAGAAUUCUCCAUUAGUGAGGAUGAGGUCAUAAGAAAAAUGGUGCAACCAAUGAAAGCCAAAUUUGAUAAGUAUUGGAGCGAUUAUUCCAUAAUUCUCUCUCUAGGGGCUAUUCUUGAUCCUCGAAUGAAAUUUCAUGUUUUGGAAUAUUGUUUGAAUAAAGUGGAUCCAUGUACUGCUAAUGAGAAAUUGACCAUCAUCAAGAAAAAGCUGUAUUUGUUGUUUGAAGCAUAUUCAGAAACUUUGUCACAUAAUGCCUCUUCUAAUGCUUCUGGUGGUCAAAUAAGAAUUCCAACUUCUAGAGAAGAUGAUUCACUUUCAUUUGAUGUGCAUGAUGAGUUGAGAAAUAUAAAUUUUCAAACUAAUGCUUCACAAAGAAAGUCUUCGUUAGAUAUCUAUUUAGAAGAGUCAACUCUUGAUAUGAACUCUAAAAUAGAUGUCUUGCAAUAUUGGAGGUCUCAAGCCCAUCGCUUUUCUGAUUUAGCUUCCAUGGCUUGUGAUGUGCUUAGUAUUCCAAUAACUACGGUAGCUUCAGAGUCAGCCUUUUUAAAUAAGUAUAGAAAUUCUAUUUUGGAUACGAAUGUACAAGCUCUUAUUUGUGCUCGUGAUUGGAUACAUGGAUAUGUAGAUGAUGAUGCUGAAUUUGAGUGUCAAAAUGAAAGUGACAAAGAACAUUAUAAAGAUAAAGUGGAUUCAAUUAAUAUGAUGCCUGGUGUUGACUAA